CAACAGUUGGCACGUUGGUGGCGCCAUCCCUCAUUCUUCAUGGCAUGGCGGCCUCAACAUAUACGUGAUAAAAAGUGCUUCUUUAAAGUUUCUUUAGUUAUUAUUAAAAACUACAGUUAAUUUCCCCCUUUUUCCUCCUCGAAGAAGUGUUUCCGUUCGUCCGUUCCACCACCACGUCGCUUCCGUAAAAAUGUUCCAGUGUUGAAAAAAUGUGUUGUGUUUAUGUUUUCCGUACAAAAAUAACAUUCGGAUUUUCACCGGACGCGAAAAAGUUUUCAUGAUGAAUCCGAGGCGUUCCGCCCCCUGUAAGUGCCCCAUCUCGCUCGGCUCGUAUCGGGGGCCUCUCUCAACAUGAACGACCGGGAAAAGAGCAGGUCCAGUGGCAAACAGCACAUCUAUGAAGGCACUUUCGACUACACUUUGCCGAGGCCCCCCGCAUUGGGAGAGGAGAGAGCUUACAACGCGUCGGAGCGGGGGGCGCAGCCACUGCAGAUGGACCGCAGGCACUACAAGUCUUCCUCUCCUGUUCCAAAGUUUGAUUUCGACGAUGGUAGCAGUUACAGGCCUACUUCGCGGCCUUCGUCGCGCCACGGGAAACCGCCGGCCUACCUCGCAUGGGCCGAAUCGCUGCACAAUCUGCUGCAGGAUUCGGACGGUGUGAAAUUAUUCUUGCGUUACCUCGAAUCGGAAGGGCCCCAUCAUGCCGACACGUUGCGCUUUUGGUUCGCUUGCGAAGGCUUGAAGAACCACGAUCAAGUCGAAAAUAUACAAAAGUUGGUUAAAUUGAUCUACAAAACGUAUUUUUUGAAAUCGGCCCUACAAAUCAACGACGAUCUGAAGAAACAAAUAAUGAGAAAUUUAAAAUCGCCCCAGUGCCUUGAACCACCCAUUACUCUGUUCGACGAGGCCCAAGCACAAAUCGAAAACCUUAUCAAUAAAACUACUUAUCCCAACUUCCUCAAAAGCGACAUCUAUCUGCAAUAUGUCCAAUCGGUCGAGAAUGCGAGCAGCGACGACUUCAACAGCGAAUCGAGCUCUUCCAGCAGUUCCCUCAGUAACAAAGACUUGGGGAACUUGGCCAGCGGUUUGGGCCCCCUUCCCACGCUCCACGAAGGCAUGGAAUUCAGUCUCAACACCCAGCAGCCCGUCAUCCUAACGCCAGGUGCAGCCAGUGUCAGUACGGGUUAUCACACGCCAACAGUUCGCCUCACCAAAGACAUGCUCCUCCGAUCUCAAAAGCAUCGCGCUCUCGACAUCCGCCCCAAAUCCGAGACCUAUGCUGGUUUGAUAUACCGAAGCAGUGGGGCUCACGUCGCAUACAAUUCCUACAACCCGGUCUCGAGGCAAGAUAGCGAAAUGCAGUCGCUUAGUAGUCAUUCAGAUGCGAGGACCGAAUCGGACAAUAUGUCCUUAAAUGAGAGCAAUGUUGACGGCAGACCAGGUCGUUCUUUACGCAAAUCCAUCGAAGAGAAACAAAUGCGUCAAUUCGCCCGUAAUAAAGAAGUAAACAUGAACCAACGUUUCAUCCCACGAACCCAACGCAUGGAUGUGGGUAACAAUUGCCUGCCAAUCGAAGAACACGCCGCUCUCUUGAUAAAAAAGCUCGAAAAUCUCAAACGCGAACAGGAGAACCAGGAGUUGUUCAAGCGCCGAUUGAAAGAAGGCGAUUCGCUGAGUUCGCUGGAUGACAAAUUCCAAACGCGCGAUAUCGAGUCGGCCAUGCGCGAGAAACUACAGUUUCAGGAUGACAACGAUCAGGACAUCCUCGACGAGCACGUCUCUCGUGUGUUUUCGGACCACUCGUUGUCGAUCUCGCCGGGAUUGGUCAGUCCGAAGGCGUCGUCCCCGCCCCGCGGCCGCUGGAGCCAAUCGCAGGCGCGUCGUCGCGACAAGGACGUGUUUUCGAUCUUUAGCAGCGAUUCGGGCAACGUUCACGAUUUCGCGGAGUCGUCCGAACGCCUCCCGAAGUCGAAAAGCGUUCCCGAGUACAACGACGAUCGGUUUUCGCGGGCGGCGUCCUGUCGACGAUCGGCGAAGAAGACGCUCACGGACUUGACCGACAGCGGCGUUUCGGUCGUUUCCGACACGGCGUCGGUCGUGCCCGUGCCGAAAGACAGUCGUGUGCUGACGUGGCUGAUGGAGUCGGACCGCAGCGCUAAGACCGCCCCUAGCCACGCCCACAGCGAGAUGGCAGUGGGGAGGAAGUACGCCAAGAGGUACGGUUCAAGGUCGAAUUCGCUGGAACGGCCAGGACCGGCGCAGCCCUUCAUCGCCGAUCCGAGUAUGCCGCCGUUGCCGUCCCCGAACACUGACAUACAAUUGGAGGAGAUCCGGAGGCGGCUGACGGAGGACGACGGCGGGAGGCGGUCCAAACAGAGGUCGUCGAAAUACUACCCGGAGGUGGCGCAAAGCGGCCAAUCAACGUUGCGCAAGUCGACCCGAGGGCAAAAACCAACCCCUGAGGACAUGACGAUCGUCGUUUUUUCGUUCUGCGAUGAGCAGUUUCCAUACAGAACGAAAAUUCCAGGAUCGCAAAUUACCCUACGCCAGUUCAAAGAAUACUUGCCGAAAAAAGGAAAUUAUCGGUUUUUCUUCAAGACGGUUUGCGAAGAUCAAGUGACCCACGAGGAGGUGAGCAACGACAGUGAAGUUCUUCCAUUGUGGGAAGGGAAAAUAAUGGCACAGGUGAAGCCGAUCGACUGAGUUUUUUACGUUGAGAAAACGUAAAAUUCGUAUUUAUUUUUUGUUACAACGACGAAAAUGGCGAUAAUUUUGCAAAAUGAUUUUUUAAAUUAGUUUUUGGUAAAUUUUAUAGUCUGUUUUUGUCGUUUUGUUACACUGCCACGGUAUGUUGUAAUUGUUUUUCCUUUUUGGGGGGGAAAUAAAGCAAAUAAAAUGCACAUAAAUUUGUAUAGUGCUUUAAAAAACGAUAGUAAUAAGAUGCCUAAUUCCGGGACUAUAAUUUUUGAGAAAUUACCGACAGAGUCGCUUUGUAUAUAACUAACGGCGAUUUUGUCUGUUUUCUUUUGCAAUAGGUGCAAGACAAGUGCCUUUUUUGAGACGGUUUCUUCGGUUUUUCCAUCAAUAGAGACAAUCAGAAUUAAGCGGGCAGCUGAUUGCUAAUUUUAUUUCUAAUUUUAAGUUUUUCAAUUUUAGGAAUAGUUCUUCAUAUACCUCAUUUCUCUAUUUCUCUUUUUAGAAUUAAUUCUAUGAAAAAAACUAUUUGUGGAUUUGUUUACUUAAAUUAUACGUUUUAAGUGUAGAACUGAUUUUGUAUAAUUAAUUAAUGUAUUUUUUUUUUGAAAAAUGUCUUAAGCGAAACAAUACAAUUGAUGCAAUUUCGGCGAGUUUUAUUUAAUUUUUAUUCCUCUAUUUUUAGAGUAUUUUUCAGAGUAUUACGUAUUUUAGGUGCCAUAACCGAAUUCUUAUCGUUUGCAGUGGCGUAGAUUACGAAAUUUUUACAAAUAACUCGAGUUUUUAUUAUAAAAUGCGACUUUGGGGCUCCCCAUGGUAGUAACAUUGUUACGAAAUAAAAUAGUUUUUUUAAU